AGGACGUUCCCAAUGAUGUAAUGUUUACUUGGCCAGGCGUGUAGGGUCGAGGCAGGGGCGCGGGACUGUCUCUUAUUUUGACCUCUCCCUGGGCUUAUAACGUCUACUGAACACCUUUAUCUCAUCUACCGCUAUUGCUGCAAUCACUAAGGUACAAACAUGAGCCACGCAGAUCACAUGGGCCACGGGGAUCACAUGGGCCACGCCGGUAUGGACCACGCCAGUAUGGGCCAUGACCACGGGGACCACUCAGGGCACGACAUGGCCACGGCCGUGGUGAACACAACCAUGAAGGCUGUGAUGGCGGCUAUGCAGCCCGAGAGUGCCAUGGACCACUCAGGUCAUGCCGCCGCAGAGACCAUGCAGCAUGCACAUGCGCAUGCCGCCCAUGGCACGAGGGAUAUGGACAUGGACAUGGACAUGGACCAUGGCAUGAGUAUGAGCUUCCACAUGGGCUACAGUGAGGUCAUCCUGUUUGACUGGUGGAGCAUCGACUCUGUUGGUGGCCUCAUAGGUUCCAUGAUAGGCAUCUUUAUCCUGGCAAUGCUCUACGAGGGACUCAAGUACUGGAGAGAACACCUCUUCAGGAAGUCCAUUGCAGCAAUGCAGUAUUGUGCCAGUGUGGAGAAGGGCAGCAUCAAUGAGCAACCUAAGCCCUCACAGUAUAUGGAGCAGAUCGUUAUGCCCCCCAGGAUGAACAUGCUGAGUAUGGACCACGGGAUCCAGACCUUGUUACACGUGCUGCAGAUGAUAGUGAGCUACUUCCUCAUGUUAAUCUUCAUGACAUACAAUGGCUGGCUGUGCAUAGCAACGGUCCUGGGGGCAGGCUUUGGCUACUUCCUCUUCGGGUGGCGCAAGUCUGUGGUCGUGGACAUCACCGAACACUGCCACUAGUCCCCUCGUGUGGCUGCUGCGGACAAGAGUUGUGAAGUGGUGAUAAUUAUUAUUUUUUUAUGGACUAAUGUGAUAUAGUUCUGGUAACAAAUUGAAGCUAUAGUAAAUAUUCUUGUUACAUCAGGAUAUAAGUAUCCAUGCCACACCAUGCUAUGGCCUUAGUGGAAGCAAGAUGAUGAUGAGGAACAUUUACAACAUGCAAGAUAACCUACAAACACCCAAGAAAAUAAACUCCACAAUUAAUUUGGAGGAGUUUUAUAAUAAAACAAUUAUGCAGCUCUAUUCAGACUUUGUACAUACUGUAUAAUGCAGCAGUGAAGUGACAAUUCAUUUAUGACACAAUGAAAAGCAGUCCAGUACCACAAUCUACUUUCAAAUGUUUUACUUAUUGUGAAAUGCAAUAUCUCUUAGUACAUGGAUAUUUCAUGUUAUGUUAUCUUCUUAAUAAUAUAGUAUUAUAAUAAAAAGAGGCUUGGUAGCUCUGUCCAAAGACAUGAAUAUUCUCUAUCCAGUGCAUACAGAGCCACUGUUCAUAUAAAAAACCCAUCCCAAUUAUACACUAAUCUGUAAUUCCCUCAGCCACAAACUCCAGUAAAGAUGCCAGAUCCA